UAUACCAAUCAUUAUGUUAAAUUAUCCAAAAAAUAAUCAAAAUCAUUUUUAACUAUUGAGAAAAAGUACACAAUAUAAAUUUGAGAUCAGUUAAAAUUCCCAUUCGACCAAAAGACCUAAUCCAACAUUUUCGGCCUAGCGCAAUGUCCCAUGAUAUGACUCAAUUUCUAGGUGGAGUCCGCCGCACUCCACAAGAUCGGGCCAGAACAACCAGGACCAAGGUGGGAACUGGGCUCAUCGCAACGGUCGUUGACAGAUCAGGAGCUGCAACAGCCAGGUCCACUCAAAGGCCACCAAAUGGUGGUGGUGCAGCGCACCAACCGAGGUGGAAUCAAAGGCCACCAGUUGGAGCAACUGCAGCGGCGGGAGUUGCACCCAAGAGGCCCGUAAAUCGAGUGAGACCCCAACCGGGGGUAACAGCCGAGCCAGGCGGAGCAGUUCCCAAGAGAGCAACUGGUGGUGGUGCGACUAGGGUCAUCCAAACCACUGCCACCUCCACGUUGCGUCGAAGGCAAGUGCCCCCGCCUCCUCCCAGGCUGACCAUUCCCCGCCGCACCAACGAGAUCAAGUGGAUCAUGAAGCCAUCACUAUGCUUUGUGCCGUGCAGCGAAUCCUCUUCCGAGGACAAUAUCGCCGAUAAGUCCGAUAUUCCCCACGAGGGGGAUGAUGAGCUGGCCACCAAAGUGGACAAGACCAGGAGCAGUCGAAGAUUGACGGCUGAACACGUUGGCCAGGCAAAAAACAAGGUGCGAUCCUCUCGCAUGUUCCGUGUGCCCAGCCAGCGAAUCAUGCGUGUCGAGGAGCUGAAGCAGGCCCAGCUGCAGCAGAUGCAUCCGCGAAAGACGAGGACACAGAACCAGACCCAUUCCAGCAGUCUAUCACGAAGUAGGUCUCCUAACUGGUCAGCCAGUCGGUCACCAAGUCCAUUGCCCCAUCAAUCGCCCUCUAGGUAUCCAGGCAGCCCGUCCAGUCGUCCAGUAAUCCAACCCAAUCCCAGUCGCCUGCCAUCGGACGAUGAGGAGCAGCAGCAGCAGCAGCAGCAGCAGCAGCAGCUGAAGGAUGUGCCCCUCGAAGCUUCCAGACCCGUAACCCAGCUACCCGAACCGACGUCCGGCCUGAUUUCCUGCUCGCCCAGUCCGAUCGCAAGUCCCUUUCCCAGUCAAAGUCGCCUCCAGAGUCCAAGCAUUAGUGGUACCUGUUGGAACUCCAGCUGCUGUACCAUGGAGACUUGUGUAAAAAGUUCUACUUCCAGCUCAACUCAAUACUCGACCCCCAGCAGCACCAACAGCAGCAGUCUCAGCACCAGUGGAAGCGAAUGCCGAGGUGGGCACACGAUGCCCGUCACCAAGCGAUUGAGUCGUCCAGUCCGGAUGGCCACAGGUAGAUGGGGCACCAAAGCCAUCAAGCUGACCUCGACGGUGAUUGAGAUCAUUAAGCCGGCCACAUCGACAGAGGCCAAGAGAUUCCCCGAAGCUCCCAGGAAGAAAGAGGUGGCUGCUCCACUUCAGGCCAAGAUCAACUCAGCUUUUAAACCAAAAGGACAGGCGGAAACGAGGCAGGCCAUGAAUGCACCCAUGGUCCAAUCGAUUGCGCCACCAAAGUUCACGCCAAAGGUUCAGGUGCCCAAUCCAAUCAGUCAGUCGGUUAACCAUGUGGUCAAUCAACUGACAGCCCAACUUAAGGAGGCCGCGAUGGUUCAGUCGAAGGAUGAGCACAAGCAGCCGAGGGAACAGGCUCUAAAGGAUCAAGAUGUCUACCAAUCGUGGACAUCAAAGGCUCCAUCGAGAAAGCCCUCCUUUUAUCUCCUCAUGAAUCAGCCGGAAAACCAGCCAGAGACUUCAUCAAACGAACCUUCCAAGGAUGCGUGGGUUAUUCAACCGAUGGAGCAACCAACGGAUACAUUUAUAAAUUUGUAUUCAAAUCCGCCAAGGGAUCAAACGUGGAAACAGCACACCAAUCAUUAUUUGGACGAAUCUAAAGACCAUCCGAGGCUACAUUCAAGUCGUUAUAUGAAUCCAUCAAAGGUUAGCGCGGUUAACCAGCAGAUAAAUGAGUCAAUCGGCCAGGCUGGGCGGCAUUUGAUGAGUCUUAGUGCAAAUCCUCCAAAGUACACGAUUCCGCCAAAGAACUGGGAAAAAAAUCCAUCGCAAAGCCAGUUGAAUUCCUUAAUACCUCAGUCGAGAGUCUCAAAGAAUCCAUACAUUGGGGAAUCCAACAGACUAUCUAAGCUUCAGGUCAAGACGCAGCGAACACCUUCAAGAGUAAAGAGCCCGCCUGUUUCGUUGAACAGGAUCAACCGGCCAUCCACUUCCACUGGCAGCCCGUAUGUGGUUCCUCCUUCUCCUCCACAACCGCAGCAGCAGCAGCAGCAGUCGGAGGGCCCGACAGCCAGCAAGAUUGUCCGAAAAACGCAGCACAAGGUGCCGCGUACCAUGGAGGAUGGCAUCGACAUGAGCUACCAGUACUUCGUAUCUAUCCCUCUCAAGCGUGGCAAGAAGCCGCAGGUGGUGCGCUAUCUCUACCGCCCGAUGGUGCGCCAACUAAACGCACCCACCUCGCCCAAUAGACGCAACUCCAGGCGCUCGAAAAAGAAAGCGGCGGCGGCAGGCGGUGAUGAGCCACCUGCGGCGGAAGAUGGUUCCCAACAGAUGGAUCCCGAUCUGAAAGCUCUUGGCGGCAUGCCACUGCCGCUAGAGGAUCCACCAAGGGCUCCGGAGAAAUCACCAGAGCCGGAGGGUAAAUCGAAAAUCCUCCUUGAUCCGGAAGAAGUGCUGAAUGCUCCAUACGAGGUUCCACCGCUCAAGCUGGAUGCCCGCUUCAAGUCCAUGAUGGAACAGCUGGCCCAGAUGCCGUAUCCCGAGGAGCGUACCAAUCGUCGUCUUCGACGCUCCAACCGCCGAGCACGCGCCGCCGGCGGUGCUGAUCAGGUGCCUCCAUCCGAGCAACACGUGGGCACUGGGGGCGGCGAUGCCGUACGCAAUGAAAUGCGCUCCCUGGAGCAGGUGUCGUCCAUCUGGAAAUCUGGAUCCCGACGGCCCAAGCUGAUUAACUAUCGACCGGAGGCCGAUCGUCUUAGCACGGCCUCCGGAGCCCCCAUCUCGUAUCACACGCCCGUGCAAAUUAGUGAAGUGGACUCGGGCCAUUUUGUGCUGCCGGUGGAACCCAUGAUUCAGGCGAUAACCUACGAUGACAUCGAUCGGAAGGAGAGGGACCAACUGGAGGAACAGCAGCUGCCACUGGAGACAGAGGCGGAGGCUCUUCCUCUAGAGAAACCCCAAGAGGGAGCCACUGUCAUGAUCAAGUCCGUGAGCUUUGAUCCCGGCGACGUGAAGGUGAGUGAAAUCCCUGCCAGGAGCAGCAGCUCCAUCAGCAUCAGCUCCACUUCCAGCAGCAGCUGUGGCAGAACCAAGACCAAGGGACGCCGCACUUUACGUAAGAGCAAGGCCAAGGGAAAGGCCAAAAUCCGCAGGUGAAGAGAAAUUCUUGGCAACAACAGACAAUACACCUUUCGGACAUUUUUUAAAACUCAUCAAAAAUUGCAAGUGAAUUUGUAGGAAUGAAAGCCCUAAUGGUUUUGUAAAACAUUUUGUAAACACAAUAUACAAAAAAAAAAUAGAUGCAAAUUCCCAUUUUAA